CGACUGGGGAAGAGACUUGGAUGAAAGAAAUAGCACUACCGGCUACUGUUUUUAUAUUGGAGAUGCUAUCUUUACUUGGUCGUCAAAGAAGCAAGCUGUAGUGACACUCUCAACAUGUGAAGCCGAGUAGGUGGCAGCAAGUUCAACGGUGUGCCAUUGCAUUUGGUUGAGAAAUUUACUAAGUUUUCUGGGAUUCACGCAAAAAGGCCCGACGGAGAUACAUGUUGAUAAUAAGUCUGCAAUAGCACUUGCAAAGAAUCCAGUGUUCCACGAAAGAAGUAAGCAUAUUGAUACUCGUUAUCACUUUAUUCGGGAGCACGUGAACCAAAAUGAAGUGGAGUUAGUGUACUGCAAGUCACAGGAUCAAAUUGCAGACAUAUUUACGAAGCCGCUAAAGAACGAUGUUUUUAGAAGAUUGAAAUUUAUGCUCGGCAUGAAAACCAUGAAGAAUUGAGCUUACGGGAGGAUGUUGAAAUUAGUAACCUCAAUUUCUUCACAUUUAAGGAAUGGUGAUGAAGGUGCUGCAUCACCACCUUAUCAUAGUAGUGUAAACUUGUGAGUAAUUCAUGGCUAAAAAGGUAGCCACACAUGCACUACAUUAGGCGGUGGUGUUUUGUGGAUGGCAUUUGAUGGCUUCCUAAUUAAGUAGAAAGUGAUAUCUAGUAGGUGACGUAGCAUAUAGCUGGCAAUUUAACAUCUAUAAAUAGGGAAUUGUAUUUCAAUAUAAAAAAAAUCAAGUUAGAAUUGUGAGUGAGUUAAAGAGCCGUAGCUCAAAGUGAGGAAGAUUGAGAGUUGUGUUGUGCUGAAGCACUUUUGUGUAUUUUGUAAUCCCUUUUGGCGAGAAGCUUAUUAAUACUAUCCUCCAUAUUUCAUCCUUGUUGAGUGUUCCUAUAUUUUGUGUGUCAAAUAUCCAACAGUAAGUGGUUCAGAAAAUAUGAGGAAUCAAUGGAGUUUGUUUUGAAAGGGACAAAUCAACCAUUGGUCAGAAUCUUGAAAACAUUCAUUACCAUUGACAUGUCCAGGAACAGAUUCUCGGGAGAGAUUCCGGAUUCCAUAGGGAAUCUUAAUUCACUCAAGUACUUGAAUUUGUCUUACAACAGUCUCACAGGGCAUAUACCAUCAUCCCUUGGAAGUGUGAAAGCACUGGAAUCAUUAGACUUGUCUUCAAACCGACUGAAUGGUGAGAUUCCUCGGAAGCUGACGAUGCUGAAUUUUCUUUCAGCAUUAAAUCUAUCAAUGAAUGAUCUUGUCGGAGAGAUUCCUCAGUCUGGUGGCCAGUUUUCGACAUUUGAUAACAGCUCCUUCAUUCGGAACUCGGGCUUAUGCGGAUUUCCUCUAACAAAAAAUUGCAAGCAAGAUCCCAUGGCUCCUCCUCAAGAAAGUGAGGAUUCUAAUUUUGUGGAUGGAUUUAGUUGGCGACCGGUGGUUUUGGGAUACGGAUGUGGUUUCGUAAUAGGAGUUUUGAUGGGUUGUUUUAUAAUAAAAUAUGGAAGCCCUAAAUGGUUACUGCAACCAAUUUUCGGUGUUCAGUAAGUUUGAGUUUGUUUCAUCAUGUAAUCCGUGAAAUAUCUAAUUCUAUGUUAUUGUCAGUUUAAUUUAA